AUACAGUCAUCUUAUUUCCUCUGCUCUCCUCUGUUCUCCCCUAUAAAAUCCCCUCUCUUCUCUGCCACUCUUUUCUCCGCAAGACAAACCUUUCCUUUCCUUCUUGUAUUCUCUUACCUUAUUCUCUCCUCUAGUUAAACUCAAUUCUCUUGCAUUCAUAUUUGAAACUCUGCAUUGUGUUUCUUUAAAAAAAAACCAUGAUUUCUUCAAUAAAACACUCCACAUCUGCUUUCAAUUCCACAAGUUUCUUUUCCAAGAAACGUUCAAUCACCAGGCCACAAUUCUCCCCAUUACCCGUUAUCAAGAACGUCCAUAAUGGCUUCCCCAACCAAUCUUGCUCUUAUCAAAAACCUCUGCACGUUGCCGCCAUUGAGAAUCUUGCAAUAUUGAAAAAAACCCAGCAGAGGAAAAUAGAGUGUCAGGCUUAUGAAGCUGACAGGUCUAGGCCUCUGGACAUAAAUAUUGAGUUACCAGAGAUAAAGAUUGGGAUUUACUUUGCUACUUGGUGGGCUUUGAAUGUGGUUUUCAAUAUAUAUAACAAGAAGGUUUUGAAUGUCUUUCCUUAUCCUUGGCUUACCUCUACUCUGUCUCUGGCCGCUGGCUCUCUUAUGAUGCUUAUAUCUUGGGUCACGAGGGUUGCUGAUGCUCCUAAGACCCAUUUUGAGUUUUGGAAGACCCUUUUCCCUGUUGCGGUGGCACAUACUAUAGGGCAUGUAGCAGCAACUGUGAGCAUGUCAAAAGUUGCAGUUUCAUUCACUCAUAUCAUUAAGAGUGGUGAACCUGCUUUCAGUGUUUUGGUUUCAAGAUUUCUGUUAGGGGAGGCAUUUCCAUUACCAGUUUACUUGUCACUCUUGCCAAUUAUUGGAGGUUGUGCACUUUCAGCAGCAACUGAGCUCAAUUUCAACAUGACUGGUUUCAUGGGGGCUAUGAUAUCCAAUUUAGCAUUCGUGUUUCGGAACAUUUUCUCAAAGAUAGGGAUGAAGGGGAAGUCUGUUAGUGGGAUGAACUACUACGCAUGUUUAUCAAUGUUGUCUCUAUUGAUUCUUACACCUUUUGCAAUUGCUGUUGAGGGUCCUCAGCUCUGGGCUGUUGGCUGGCAGAAGGCAGUCUCACAAAUUGGACCCAAUUUUGUAUGGUGGGUGGUAGCUCAGAGCGUCUUCUACCACUUGUAUAAUCAGGUUUCAUACAUGUCUUUGGAUCAAAUUUCUCCCUUAACAUUUAGCAUCGGAAAUACAAUGAAGCGAAUUUCGGUUAUAGUCUCCUCCAUUAUCAUCUUCCACACACCCGUCCAGCCGGUCAAUGCCAUUGGAGCUGCCGUUGCAAUCCUUGGAACCUUCCUUUAUUCACAGGCAAAGCAGUGAGAACAGUGAAGGGUUUGAAGAUUUUGGUGAACUGACCUAAACGAUAAAGAGAGGCUCAUGAGAUAACUUGGAAGGAAUUUAAGAUUGAUGUUGCGGAAUGGACUUUAUUUCGAUGUACCGCACGGUAUUCCCUCUUCAAAAUUGAAGCAACAGUUUUAUUAAUAGUCUUGUUACGUGCUGAUACUACCAACUAGUAAUUUUAUUUAAAUUUCUUUCAUUUUUGUAGGCCCUGCUAUAUGUUUUGAGCUAUAACAUAACCAUUAAUCUACUGAGUUUCAUGAUCA